AAUCAAAAGAAAAGAAAUCUUCCUCUUGUUUGGUCAAGUCUUCUCUUGUUGCGUCACCCUCUCUCCAAUUGACUUCGUCUCUUUCUCACACGCUGAUCGCUUCCGGCGUGUGAAUUAAAGGCUAAGAUGGUGGACGAAUUGUUAUGCCAAUCGAUCGCGGAGCUAUCUUAGCGCUCCAAUCUUAGCGCUCCAAAGCCCUCCUUUGAGCAGCCUUGGAAAUCAAUCGGUACCCUUCAAUUAGUGUUGAAGAGGAAUUGGGAUUUCUUAAAGAUGGUGUUCAAUCUCCGAACCUACAGUUUUACCGAGUCCGAUGAAGGUGAUCCAACACCUCCUAAAAGCUUCUCUCUAAAGGAGCUCCGAGUCGCGACAGACAACUUCAGCAGCAAGAACAUCGUGGGGGACGACUGGUACGGCACAGUUUACAGGGGCCGCUUGGCCGAUGGUUCGCUAGUGGCAGUAAAGAGAGCAACCUCUGUCGAUUGGUUGAGGGAGGAGCACUUUGAAUCAGAAGUGCAAGUGGGAAGCGCGGUUUCGACACACCCAAACGUGCUAUGCUUAAGGGGCUUUCACAGGACCAAAAAAGAGCUCUUAUUGGUGUAUCCCUUGAUGAUUAACCAUAGCCUAUCUUACAAUCUUACAGAGAGGCAGGAUCGGUUUGCCCGACCUAUUGAUUGGACUACUCGCAAGCGAAUAGUCUUGGGAGCAGCGAGGGGGCUUGCCCACCUUCACAAUCAAGGUAACUUUAAGAUCAUGCAUCGCUACAUCUGUGCGUCAAGCAUACUGCUGAAUGUGGAUUUCGAGGCCGUGAUAGGACUUUUCCGUUUCCCCAUGAUCAUGCAUGAGAGAAAUGCAGAAGAAGGGACUAUUGAGUGGAUAACGUGCAUGCCGCCAAGGCACGGCGCCGGAGUUUCAUUCUCAUCUCCAGCAGAAGAAAAUUCAGCUGAUUCUGGCUUCGAUUCUCUAACCUAUCAUUGCUAUAAAGAUGUUUAUGUCAACACCCCCAUCACCGGCAAAUUUGGGUUUAUUGCCCCUGAGUACUUAUACACAGAAAAGUGCACACUGAAGAAUGAUGUCUUCGCAUUUGGGAGAAUGCUUCUCGAGCUAAUCUCGGGACAACUGAUUAACAACUUUCUCACUGAAGUAAUCGGUGGGAAGCUUUCUUGCCAGAGGAUGGGGUUAGAAAACUUAUGA